AUGGCGACCGGUGAGAGGCGAUCAAAUCUCAGGUUGCUCAGGACGUCAUUGAUUUUGGACCAAGGCGACACACGCACGACUCGCCAUGGAGACUGUCUCAGACUGUGUACUUACAACGCGAGAACAGUUUCCACAGACGCUGACCUGCAUGCCCUUCUCGGAGUUGCAGAGCGUAUCAAAUUUCACGUGAUUGCUCUGCAGGAGACCAAGUGCAGAAGGAGCGACGUACGACAGAUGAAUGACGGUACACUCGUCAUUCGUGGAGAGAAGGUUCCGUCGCGAAAUGGAGGCGGUGUUGGUUUUGUUGUGCACCCAUCUGUCGUCCAUCUCGUCGAUUCUCACGAGAUCCUGUCACCUCGUCUGGCCAUUCUUCGCCUCCGCCCUCUGCGCCAAAAAUCCAUCAGUAUCAUCAACUGCUAUUCACCAACAUCAGCAGCUGAAGAUUCCGAAUUGGACGCGUUUUACGAGGAGCUGGAGGAAGUAGUCCGCAACGAGAAAUCCUUUUACAAAUUCGUUGUCGGAGACUUCAACGCAAAACUAAGAAAGGCCACAGAAGAGGAAUACAGGAUUGGAAGAUUUGGACAAGGGGACCGGAAUGAAAAUGGCAAUCGUCUCGCCGGGCUGUUGUCCGCCGCUCGCCUCUUUCAUGGGAACUCUUUUCAUGAAAAAAGAUCAUCGUCGGUGGACAUGGGAAUCGCCCAAUGGCGCGACUCGUGCGGAGAUCGACCACAUACUCACCAACCGGAGGUGGUGUCUACUUGA